AUGACGGAAACAUUGGAUAAUACCCAGGAUUUGUUGAUGGAUGUUGAUAAAUAUAACUUUUGGGAAGUUGAAGGAGAAGAUGCAGCAGGUGAAGUCAAUUCAAAAGAUAUGGAUAUGGUUGGUGUUGAUGAAAAAUCUGGAGCACCUGUUUUCAGAUUGACAGAUAAUAAUGAUGAACAGCCAUUAAAUGAAAAUGAAAAUGGUAAUUUUAAAUUCAAGAUGAAUACAAUUGCAACAGAAAACAUGGCAUAUCUAACUGAAAAAGAUAAAUAUAAACUCUAUCCUUCAAAGGUUCCAGGUUAUGAUAAUAGCAGGGAAUAUUCAAGUUAUGUUUCAAAAGUAUUUGAAUUAUAUAAUGAUUUAGAUGAACAUAGGGUAUAUUCUGCCCCUACAAUUGGUAUUAUAAACAAGUCAUAUGCAAGGGAACAUAAUUACGUAUUGAACGUUGCAUUUGAAAGUUUUGUUACAGAGUUAAACUUUUUCAUUGAAUCAAUUAAAAAUGAUCCAAACUUAAUUAAUAGAGUUUUACAACUAGAAGAAUCUAUCACUAUAUUAAAUUGUUUAAAGACUAUUCAUUUCACAUUUGAUUCCUUGCAAAAUGAAAGCGAUUCAAGAGAACAAUUUGUUAAUUCAUUAAUAGAUUGGGUAAAUCGUUCCGAUGGUGAACCAAAGGAAGAAUAUAUUGAACAAAUAUUUACUAGGAAUGACAACAUUGAAGUAUUUAAUACUCUACAAUUUUGGAAAUUAGUUAAUAAGUUACUUCUACGAGGCUUAUUUGAACAAGCACUAGGUUGUUUAGAGAGAUCAAAAAUAAUGGACUUUUUAAAAUCUCAAUGUGAAGUAUCAGCUAAUAUAUUGGGCGACGCAAUUGCAUUAUUAGAACAGUAUCCAAUAGAUUCAUCUGAAACAUUUAGAGAAUGGAAAUUUAUGGUGCUGGGAUUGCAACAAACCUAUAGUAACUCAAAUACUAAGAUAACGGGCGAAUUAAGAGAUUAUAUCGAAGAUACAUUAUUGUUAAUCGGAGGUAAUCAAUCAAAAUUGUUACAAUAUUCAUCGACUUGGUACGAAGCUUAUGCCAGUUUUUAUUUAUAUUAUAUCCCUACUUUAGAAUUAUCCCAUGAUUAUUUGGAAUUGGCAUUAAGCACACAUCCUCUAGAUCUAACGAAGAAUUGGGAACAAGCAUGCGUCAAUAUUAUUAAUAAUAAAAUAUAUUCUAUUCUACCUGUGUUGGAGUCAUUAGAUUUGUGUACAGCAGCUACAACAGCAGCAUUAUGCGAAGCCAAGGGUAUUUUAGAGAAUUUUCUGGAUGACGAUACAAAAACCUUCAAGGGCAAUGUCGAUAAAUUGGUUACACCAGUUCACGGAAUGGCCUCAUAUCUCUUAAAUCAAUUUGCAUUUGAAUUAUGUUCUCAGGAAGAAAAGACACUAUGGCCUGUUGCAAUAGGUUUAAUCAGUAUCUCGCCCUUUGAAUCAGCAUCUGUAAAGAGAACAACGAUAUCUGAAGUCCUUCCUCGCUUCCCAUUUUCUACAAAUGAUGAUAUUGAAUGGAUGUUAGCCGUCUGUGCAAAAUGGAGAUUACCAAAGAUAGCAAAAAAGAUAUACAAAAUUCUUGGUUCUAAAUUACAAGCUGAGGGAAAUGUAAUUGAAUCUAUGACCAAUUUCAGUAAAGCUGGAGAAUUUGACAUAGUGAAAAAUCAAUCGUGGUUACUUUUUGAAGAGGCGGUUUUUAAAGGUGAACCGUUAGAUGAUGUCGUAUUGAACUCAGUUAUUACAAAUAAUUCGAACAAUAUUAUUCCGGGUGAAUUAUUAGAUAGUCUUGUUACCAAUGCGAUGAGACAGACUUUAUCACCAUAUGCUGUUUUAUAUGAAUUUUUCCAAGCGAAGUUUGCCGGUGAAUGGGAAAAGAGUCUACAAUUACUAUUAGCACUUUUGGAAUUUGAAUUUUUGCCAAAACACUAUUUAUUGCUAUUAUUAACAAAGUUUUUAUUCCCAUUGUAUUUGAAUGUAGAUAAUGUCAAAAUGGAUGAAAGUUCGAUAUUACGUUCAAUCAAUUGUAUUAAUAAGAAGCUUGACUGUGAGGAUGACAAAUCUAAAAAAAUGUAUGAGGUUGUUUUAGAAAAACAACCUUCCAAAUUCAAGAUUCUUCCCGCUGACCUAUCUCAGUUUAGCAAUAUGGUAAGAGAAAGAUUGAGUAUUAAACUUUGCCAAGAAUUCAUGUAA